AUGGGCUAUGCGCUCUAUACGACCAACUACCGCGUCCGCUCCAACCGCAGCUCGCACACCCGCCAGCCGUCGCUCACAGCAGCGAGCUACCGCCGCCGCCAGCGUGCCGACGAACAAAACAUGAGAGGGUGGGGGUGGGCGGCUGCUGUCGCCGAGGCUUUCCGCAAUAGCUACGCGGAGAGCGUGUACCCGUUCCUCGGGACCGACGAGCGCGCCCUCUUCGCCGUGAGCAGCGCGCGCGCUGGCGGCAUGCUGGCGCCCACCAGUGCACGCGUGCCGACGUUCAUCAAGACGCGCAAAGACGCCCUCCGCUGCCUGCGCGCGUUCACCGGCCCAAAGUUCCACGCAUACCCCGCGCUCGUGGUCCUCUCGUAUGUGGACAUCAAGAUCCGUGCGGGCAAGAGCAAGGCGGGUGUGAGAGCCAAGCUGGAGCGGAUUGAGCUCGAGAUCCCCGCCUACUGGCAGGUCUACGGCAUGGUGCGCGACCUCCGCCGCCUCGGCCCAAGCAGCAAGCUCGACGUGCCCUGGCCGCCGCGGUACAACGAGCAGUCCGAGGCGGCGGGCGCCGCGCGCGAGUUCCACCCGCUUGAUCGCCGCCAGCCGAGCAUCAGGAGACGCGACUACAUGUGGUGGGAGACGAGGGAGGGGUGGGAGAUGAUUUAG